AUCACUGCUGCAGAGCAAGGAUGUUUGUAUCCAGGGCAGCAAUAUCACUUCCAACUACGUGAGACGGACCAUGAUGACUUUGCAGGACUGUCACCUGCUCCGUUCCCAAAAUGACACGAUCUGCCAGCACAUUCAGGUUUCCAGCCUAUGAUGUUCCAGCAGAUUCAUACUACAACAGAGACAAUUCUGGACACAACUAAGAGGAAAAUUUAGGGAAAAUAUCCCUAACUAUUAGCAGAAGAGCUCUGAACUGCUUCAGAGAGAGAAACCAUGCGUUCCAGAAGUAACAGCACAGAAAGCCCAACCAGACCAAAGCUGAUCCAGCAAAGACCAAAAGACCACCAUGAUGAAGAAGUUGGUUAUAGUGGCAAAGGAAACGUGCAACAAAGGCUAAAGGAGAAGGAUGCAGCCCAAGCUAGUACCAUCCUAAGAAGUCCUAAAGCAGAGAAAAAACAAACAAGUUCUUUCAAGAAAAGAGAGGAUCUCUCUCGUGAUGACCUGCUGUUUCUUCUUAGUGUCCUUGAGGGUGAAUUACAGGCUCAAGAUGAAGUUAUAGGAGUACUUAAGGCUGAAAAAAUUGACUUGGCUGUGCUUGAGGCACAAUAUGGCUUUGUUACUCCCAAGAAGGUGUUAGAGGCUCUCCAGCGAGAUGCUAUUCAAACAAAGGCGGAGCAAUGGCAAGAAGAUAUCUAUGAAAAGCCCAUGGGAGAGCUUGAUAAAGUUGUAGAGAAACAGAAAGAAACUCACAGACGAAUGCUGGAGCAACUUCUAAUGGUAGAAAAAUCACACAGACAGACACUGAAUGAACUAGAGGAAGAGAAGAGGAAGCACAUCAAAUACAUGGAAAAAAGUGAUGAGUUUACAAACUUACUGGAGCAAGAACUUGAAAGAUUGAAAAAGCUUCUGGAACAAGAAACAGCUUAUCAGGCAAAAAAAGAGAAGGAAAGCAACAAGAAAAUAGCCAAACUGAAAGAAGAAUUGACUAAACUGAAAUCCUUUGCUUUAAUGGUGGUGGAUGAACAGCAAAGACUUACUGAGCAGUUGAAUCAACAAAGUCAAAAAAUUCAAGAAUUAAUCACCUCUGCAGAACAAGCACAUAAGAAGCUGGCUUUUGCUGAAGCAAAAAUUCAAGAAGAGGGACAGAGAGCUAGCAGGCUGGAGGCUGAACUUCAAGCUCAAAGUGCUAAGACUUCCCAAGACCAAGAAGCAAUGAUGGCCAAGCUAACUAAUGAAGACAGUCAGAAUCGUCAGCUUCGGUUAAAAUUAACUGCUCUCAGCCGACAAAUCGAUGAGCUGGAGGAGACCAACAGAUCUCUACGAAAAGCAGAGGAAGAACUGCAAGAUCUGAGGGAUAAGAUAAAUAAGGGAGAAUGUGGGAACUCUGCACUUAUGACUGAAGUAGAAGAACUACGGAAACGACUGCUGGAGAUGGAAGGAAAAGAUGAGGAGCUUAUAAAAAUGGAGGAUCAGUGCCGAGAACUUAAUAGAAAGUUAGAAAAAGAAGUAUCACAGAGCAAGAACCUUAAAGGGGAAGUCGACAAGCUCCACAAAAGAAUUAUGGAGCUGGAAAAAUUAGAAGAUGCUUUCAACAAGAGUAAACAGGAAUGUUACUCCUUAAAAUGCAACCUAGAAAGAGAGAAAAUGUUAACAAAGCAGUUGUCCCAUGAGCUGGAGGGCUUGAAAGCUAGAGUUGGUGAGCUUGAAGCAGUUGAAAGCAAGUUAGAAAAAACUGAGUUUACACUUAAAGAAGAUUUAACAAAACUGAAAAGUCUAACAGUGAUGCUUGUGGAUGAAAGAAAAACUAUGGGAGAAAAAAUAAAGCAAACAGAAGAAAAGCUGCAAGCUGCAACUUCUCAGCUUCAGGUGGAGCAAAAUAAAGUGAUGUCCAUUACAGAAAAAUUAAUUGAGGAAAGUAAGAAGGCACUGAAAUCAAAAUCUGAUGCAGAGGAAAAAGUAUCCAGUGUUACAAAAGAAAGAGAUGAACUGAAAAACAAACUCAAAGCAGAAGAGGAGAAAGGAAGUGAUCUUGUUUCCAAAGUGAAUGUUCUAAGAAAAAGACUUCAAUCACUGGAAGCUGUUGAAAAAGAGUUUCUUAAAAAUAAACUUAAAGACAGUACUAAAUCCAGCACCUCCUUGCAGCAGGAAAACAACAAAAUCAAAGAGCUGUCUCAAGAAGUUGAGAGGCUUAAGCAGAAACUGAAAGAAAUGAAGGCCAUAGAAGAUGAUCUUAUGAAAACUGAAGAUGAAUUUGAGUCUCUGGAACGAAGAUAUAUCAGUGAACGGGACAGAGCCAAGCUCCUAUCAGAGGAGCUGGAGGCUGUGAAAAUGGAAGUGGCUAGGUAUAAGUUAACAGAAAAGACAGAGUCCAAUCAAGAGCAGCGCCUUUUCAUGAAGCUCAAAGAAGAGGAAGCUAAAUCAAGUCAUCUUUCCAGAGAAGUAGAUGCACUGAAAGAGAAAAUUCAUGAAUACAUGGCAACAGAAGACCUAAUAUGUCACCUUCGAGGUGAUCACACAGUCUUACAGAAGAAACUCCUCCAGCAGGAAAACAAGAACAGGGAGUUAGCAAGAGAAAUGGAAACUCUCACAAAAGAAUUGGACAGGUAUAGACGCUUCAGCAAGAAUGUCAGGCCUGGGCUCAAUGGAAGGAGAAUUUCUGACUUGCAAGUUUUUUCUAAAGAAGUCCAGACAGAUCCAGCAGACAAUGAACCACCCGAUUAUAAAACUCUCAUGCCUUUAGAGAGAACAGUCAUAAACGGGCAGCUGUAUGAAGAUGGUGAUAAUGAGGACAAAGACAACAAUGAGGUGGAACAAACAGUGUCUUUCAAAAGCAACUCAUCCAGUGCAAAUGCUGUGAACAAAAAAUUAUGGAUCCCUUGGAUGAAGUCCAAAGAGAGCCAACCACAAAAUGGAAAGACUCACACAAAGCAAAACGGAAAUUGUGCACAGACUGGAGACUUCGUGCUAAGCCAUACACCUGGCCAACCUCUUCACAUAAAAGUAACUCCAGACCAUGGACAGAACACAGCAACACUUGAAAUAACCAGUCCUACCACUGAAAGUCCUCACUCCUACACAAGCACAGCAGUCAUACCCAACUGUGGCACUCCAAAGCAAAGAAUAACCAUUAUUCAAAAUGCUCCCUUGACACCUGCAAAAUCAAAAGCAGCAGAGAGUUACACGAGCCCGGAGCAUGUAAUUUCUCCUAUUACUAUGGCUACUUUUUCAAGAUCUCAGACUCCUGAAUCAUGUGGUUCUUUAACUCCUGAAAGAACAAUGUCCCCUUUGGCUUUACCAGGCUCAAGUUCUCAGGAACAAAUGCUCUCCCCGGAGCCUCUAGAGAUGGGAGCCAAGCACACUGUUUUUAGAGUAUCCCCAGACAGGCAGUCGUCGUGGCAGUUCCAGAGAUCUAACAGUACGGGAUCAAGUGUCAUAACUACUGAGGAUAACAAAAUCCACAUCCAUUUAGGAAGUCCCUACGUCCAAGCUCUCACCAAUUCCAAGCCCACCAGCCCUUGUAACCCAGUGCAAGACAACAGAACUCCAGCACUAGCUAAUGGCCUACCCAGUAAGCCCACCAAUAAAAUCACCAGCAGUAUUACUAUCACACCAACAGCCACUCCUCUCCCACGGCAAUCACAAAUUACAAUUACUGAUGCCUUACGUCGUUCAGUUCCAACUCGGAUCCCCAAACCAAAGCCUACAUGUACAACCAAAGUACCUGUCAAAAUUCCUGCUGGACAUCCCAACAAACCACUCCAAGACAGCAGUUCUGGGAAGCUACACAUUAUAAGGACUGUGUCUAAAACUUGCCUUCAAAGUGGAGGGAGAAGAGUGCAUUCCAACAGUCUAAAUGGCUCAACUGAUAAAUUGUGGAAAAACUCCUUUCACAUAGGUGUUUCUUUAAGAACAGCCAAAUCCUAAUUCCUAAAUAAAGCAAAAGCUGGUGGUGAUCACAGUGCCAUAGCCAGGAUCAUGAUCCUUUUGCUGAAGCAAAGAGAGAUGUUGGUGCAUUCAGUUACUCGAUUUUUACCUUUUUAUUUCACAGCUAAAAGUUUAACUUAACAACUGAGACAGUACAACACAUUAGCACUGCUGCUGCCUGACUCUUUUUGCAAACCCACAACAGAAACCUGUGCCUCCCUCAACAGUUACACAAGAAAUUCUGUGAGAGUACUUCAGAAAAAGUUAAAGUUCAAAAAGAUGAGUCUACUUAAAACUCACCUCUGCUUGUGUCCUACAAGACACAGUUGUGUCAAAAUGCAGGUAAUUAAAGCAUGACUCUUCCAUAUUAAAAUGAAAAGGCUUAAAAUUUUGUUCACUAAAUCUGCAAGUUAACUACAAAGUUCCAAGGAUCCAUGUCAUGUAUGCUCCAAUUCAAGUACAUUUCAGACGUGCACCAUCACAAAUGUUAUGCAACUUGCAGAAUGAGUGUGUGCAAACACAAAGAAAAACAAAUGUAAGAAAGCAGCUGUCAAGUUGGCAUGCUUAUCAGAGAUAUCUUCUGUACAUGAACUCAUGGAUGAGCCAAAACAACAUCAAUUUUAGAAAAAGAAAGAAAGAUACAAACCCCUCCAUACACCAACCCACCAGCAGAUCUCAGCUCCAACCAAGCAACAAAACUCCCACUGAAUGUGCUACAAAGAAGAGGUUGCUUCUGGGUAGUUGCAAACCACAUAUUACAGACUGAUGCUAUUUGGCAGCCUUUAUUGUCAGUCCACACAAAGAAAAGAAAAGCUAUGGUGGAAGAAAUUAAUUCCUGCAAUAGAAUUCAUUGCUUCAGAGCCCACAAAGGACCCCACAAGUACUGUCAAAUCAUCCUCCACAGUACUACGUUGUACUUCUCACCUAUUCAUACCGCUGACACAGAAGAGUCAUUUUCCUCUGUUUUGGGAUGACACAAUUCAUUUCUACCUAUGAGGGACAUGGCUCACAUAGGCUCUUACUUCAGGAUCUAAACAAAAUGACCAACAGGGAUACUACACUUAUGGGAUUAAGGGAGACAAAGGAAGCAUGCAGAAUGAAAGACAAGGAGUGGUAACACAAAAGGAGGAAACUGAAAGAAUUUGUGAAAAACAGAAGUCCAUUUCUCUCCCUCAAAAUACUUGGGAGAUGUGGCAUGCUGGCUACAGGCAAGAUGUGGACCUUCACAGUGCUGCAAGAGGUGCUCUUUCUGCUCAUGGAGAGAAGAGGGAAAAGUUGGUGUCUUUCACCAGCACUAAACUAUCUGCUUACUAUUUUUGAUCUUCUCCUUUAUAGUUCUGAAUACACUUUAAAAUCCACAAUUAUGACUGGUCAUAGUUGUGACAUGAACUGGAAAACAAGAGAGAAGGAAGGAAGUCCUGCAGUCAAAUCACUUGGGACAUGUGUAACACUAACAACAUUGAUAAAUCAAGAAUAAUGACUGAGCAUUCUCUCCAAAAAAAAAAAAAACUCCUCUCAAAGUUAAAGGUUUGCUGAAGAAGUUAUUGGGCAAGAUUUUUUAGUUUGUGUCAUGAGACAAGGUAAAUAGAUGGUCAAUCCCUUCAGGGCUUUUUAUUAUUGGGUUUGGGGUUUGUUGGGGGUAUUGUACACCUAUAAGCCACCUGCAGCAGGGUAAAUAUUUAUGUCUCAAAGUGAGAGCAACUACCUUUAAUCUUUAACAUAGAUUCAAAAAAAUAAUGAUUUCCAAUGAUGUGGCCAAAAGCAAAUUAAGACUUACUCAUAUAUCCAUACACCAAGAUAUAUAUUUUGUGUUUUCAUACUCUUCAAGUGAGUCUGAACACCCUUUAUACACCUCACCUUACAAGCAGCCUCUUCCAACUACAGGUUGCUAAAAUCUAAGACACUUUUGAUGACUGAGUUAUUAGCGAGAAUAUUCCAUUGGUCAGGACUUCACCUAGAGUUAGACUUCAUGGACAGGGCAAAAGAUCAGUAUUUUACAAACACAUUUUGAAUUCUUCUGCUUUGCACCUAGAGUUUGUGUCAGAAAUGCCUUUUUUCUUUUUACUAGUCAGCAAAUGAAGCUUGAAAGUAAAUAUUUUUUUUUUCUUCAACAAAACUUGAUGUUUCACAGAACUAAACUUGUCAAAGGUGCUCACAAAUGGGCAAUCAUAUUCUUGUAUUGCUGCUUACAUUGCACUAUGUAAACCCUGAAUUCCUAUUUUGUGCCAAGUGGUUUUGAAGCAUUUUACAGUAUCCAUGAGAUGUGGUACUCGUUGACCGUCGAUUUUACAUCUGUUGUACAUGAACAAUAGCUACACCAAAUAAAAGUAA